UUCACAUCUGAAAUGAAAGGUGAAUGAGAAUGGAUACUCUGUUACUUUUCAUUCCAUUUCUGCUGAGCUUAAUCUGCAGUCAGCACUUUUUCUUCUUUCUGGAAGCUGCAACGCCUGUGUCUGAAUACCCAUAUCCAUUCAUGACAGCUGAUGCAGAAAAAGCAAUUGCAAGAACAUAUGAUUAUAUCAUCAUUGGAGGAGGUACAGCAGGGUGCCCUUUGGCAACAACCUUGUCACAACACUAUUCUGUUCUGGUAUUGGAGAGGGGAGGUUCACCCUAUGGAAACCCUGAUAUUGAAGAUGCAAGUCUUUGGGGAAAGGCCCUGGAUGAAACAAACAAAUAUACUUCCAUAGCUCAGACAUUUGUAAGUGAGGAUGGAGUACAGCUGGCUAGAGCCAGAGUUCUGGGAGGUGCAACUGCUAUAAAUGCUAUGUUUUACAGCAGGGCCAGCUUGAAAUACAUUAGAAACAUGGGCUGGGAUAAAAAACUUGUUAAUAAUUCAUAUGAAUGGGUGGAGAAAGAAAUUGCCUUCAAACCAGAUAAGCUCUCCAUUUGGAGUUCUGCUUUCAGAGAUGCCCUCUUGGAAGCUGGAGUGCUUCCUUACAAUGGUUAUACUGUGGAUCAUGUUGAGGGUACAAAGAUAAGUGCCUCUACCUUUGACAACAAUGGAAAAAGACAUACUGCUGCAGAUUUUUUCAAGCAUGCAAAUCCAAAUAAUAUAGUGGUUCUUCUCAAUGCUACUGCUAGCAGAAUCAUAUUCCAUUCAGUAUCAGGGAAGUUGAAAGCUCGUGGAGUGGAAUUUAUGAACUCUGUUGAUGGUCAAUCAUAUCAAGUAUUUCUCAAUGAAUCAUCUUAUUAUAAUGAGAUAAUCUUGUCAGCAGGAAGUCUAGGUAGCACUCAACUCCUUCUCCUAAGUGGAAUUGGUCCGUAUCAACAUCUUGCACAACUUAAUAUCCCUUUAUUGGUAGAUUUGCCCUUGGUAGGAAAAGGGGUACAAGAUAAUCCGCGUUCAACCAUAACCUUGGAGUCUCCUAUACCACUUAAUAUAUCAAGUAUACAAGCAGUGGCUAUACUUAAUGGCUCCAAAAUCUACAUUGAGUCUAGCAGUAGUAUAUCUAUGCUAAAUGACUCAUCCAUCCAAUAUACUGGGAGUAUUUUUGAGAAACUUGCAUUUCCCUUAUCGAGGGGAGAGAUUAAACUACAAAACAUAGACCCUCGAGAUAACCCCUUAGUUCAAUACAACUAUUAUUCUCACCCUCUUGAUCUAAACAGAUGUGUAGAAGGCGUAAAUGUAAUAGACAAGCUCACCAAGACAACCUCUAUUCAACAUUUUGCAUUUCAUUCUAAUGGCACCAACACACUUCAUUUCAUUGGUGAAGCACUUCCUGAUACCAAAAAAUAUGACCAUGAAGCCUUGGCCAAGUUCUGUAGAGAUACACUAAACACAAUGUGGCAUUUUCAUGGAGGUUGUCAAGUUGACUUUGUGGUUGACCAAAGGUACUUGGUGAAAGGUGUUGAUGGUCUAAGAAUUGUAGAUGGAUCAACAUUCAAGUUUAGCCCUGGAACCAAUCCACAAGCAACUACCAUGAUGCUUGGAAGGUAUAUUGGAAUUAAAAUUCUUCAAGAACGAAAUACUUCAGCAUAGGUAGUAAAGAAAACCAACUCUAAAUAGAAUCUAAAAUUAAGGCUCAAAUGCGAGGCAUAUUAUUAUAAUACUUCUAAAUAUUAUUAUACAAUUGUA